UGUUAAUGUAUCCCAAAGGACCAAUGACAUUCUGCGCUUCGCUGCGUUCUGAUGAAUAUGAAGAGUCGUGCCUUGAAACUGAUGCGAAAUACGGGAGAUCGGUGCUGACAGUUUCCAAUCCCUCACAGAGACAAUCAAAUUUUAAAACAAAAUGCACCGAAAGAGCCCCCAGGUGACGGAGCCCAGUUGUGACUCGGCAGUUUUAUCCUCGUGGCCGGUGGUUCUAAAGACUCUGAUCGCGAACCCGCCUCAGCAACUGCUGGAUAAUGAGGGGAAAGACGAGGAAAAAGAGAAGAACGUAGACGAAGCAGCCAGCAGCACCAUGGCGGCAUCUGCUUCCCUCAUGCCAACCAUCUGGGACAAGACGAUUCCAUACGACGGGGAGACCUUCCACCUCGAGUACAUGGACCUGGAUGACUUCCUGUUGGAAAACGGAAUUGCUGGUAGCCCAAGCCACCUCGACCUGCAGGACGCACUGGAAAGUAGCCUCUUGCCGGUGGAGGAGCUGGAGAAGAAGGAGUUGGCCCUGUACCCAACGGUGAAUUGCGAUGAUUCUGAUGGAGACCAGUCUGAGCGUACAUCUCCAAGCCCAGUCGACCCAGAGGCAAUCGAUGUGUUGGUGAACUUUGAGCCAGACCCUACCGACUUGGUCCUGUCUAGUGUCCCCGGGGGAGAGUUGUUCGAUCCCCGUAAGCACAAGUUUUCUGAAGAAGAACUCAAGCCACAGCCUAUGAUUAAAAAAGCGAAGAAGAUCUACGUCCCACCUGAGCAAAAGGAUGACCGGUAUUGGACAAGACGCAAGAAGAAUAAUAUGGCAGCCAAGCGCUCCCGGGACGCCCGGAGACUGAAGGAGAACCAGAUCACGGUACGGGCAGCCUUCCUUGAGAGGGAGAACUCGGCCCUGAGGCUGGAAGUGGCUGAGCUACGCAAGGAGGUGGGGCACUACAAGAACAUCAUCUCCAAGUAUAAAGCCAAGUAUGGAACUUUGUAAGGGAGCUUCAGCAGUCUUGGUCAGGGGUGGGAGAUAAUGUUUAUAUAAAAAUUCCCACAGAAAAGGAACUCUCAUAACCUGCUAGUUGAAAAGAGCACAACUUCCUGUUCUCAGCUGUUCCCCAGCACAACCCUCAUAAAACAAGAUGAAUGGCUUUUAAAUAUAUUCAUGGAGUAUAUAUACGUAUAUAACUUUAUAGUAAAUAAAAUACUGUAACUCUUCCUGUCCUAUGGGUUUGCCAUGUUACAAACCAGAGGCCUGUCUGCUUAAGGGAAGAUAAUGGAGUUUGGUUUGAUUUUUGUUACUGGCUGGGCCUUUCUUUGUCCAGGACUACACUUCAUGGUAUUGGGUGGCUUAAAGUUGAUUUGUUCCUGCUAUUAGUACCUUUUAACUUCCCAGAACUUUUAAAAAAGCAAAGGGACUUUUCCUUCCCAAAGGAAAAUAAGAACAUAAUGGAUUGGUGCGGGAAUAUUCUCAGCUCACCGCACUUGCCUCAGCAUUCAGUAACGUGUACAUUAUUAGUUCUUUGCCUUCCCCGAGUGCUCUGUCUAUCCAGCCCUGAGACUGAUAUGUGACGGUACAUUGUCUUUUCACUUGAAACCUGUAUUUUCUCCCCUUGUCUGCAUAUUCUCUUACAAUAUAUAGGCUACCCCUUUCCCCCUGAAGCAGGCGCAGCUGUGCUACUAAUCUGCUCUGUGGCAUGGCCUGUAGAUGGACACCAACAACGCUCUCCUCACCCCAACUUACUGUGCAGGAUGAAUUCACAUCUGCUAGAUGUCUGUGGUGGAAAGCCCGUAGGAAAUGAUUGUCCCAGCCUAAAAAUGGGCAGAUGAUGACCUCCCCUGAGCUAGCAACAGGUUUUAAUGAAGAUUUUCCAUUCUUUCUCCUCAUAAGUUGUGACCUGUGGAGCUUUGACAGGAUGGUGGAGGGCCGUGAGGUGAGAUUCAUUUCAUUACUGUCUGGGGCACUAGGCCCUGUCCUCUUUGUUGUUGCUAGAUUUGCACAGAGCAAGAGCCACAAUGGAGCGGGAGGAUUAAAUGUUCUUACUGAGUAGUGAUGGCCAGUGCAUGCUCUGGGCAACUUCCAGUGUGGGAGCGUUGAACCGAGCCCGGACAAAACGAAAAUGUGCUCACUUGAAAGCCUGCUCAAAAAGAGGAGCCUGUCGGAAGCCCAAUUGAUUCACCGCACUUUCCCCAUUCUCCCAAACGAUCCGAUAUGGUUCAUCUGUAAAUGUUGGUGGGGCUUGCAGUAGUUCAAGUAUGUUUAUAUUUCACUACAUCUUGGACUGGACACAAAGAACCAUAGACUAGAACGUGACUUUUCAAUGUAUCUGUUAUCUCAGCAUCUGCCAGCCGGAGGUGGCUCGUGAAAAGCAGACAAAUGCUAUGGAAAUGGCAUAAAAGGAACAAAAUGUCACCUUGCAUUUUAUCAUUUAACAAGGUCUCCCACACUUCUGACUUCACACCCCUUAUGUACAAAGCCCUCAGGUGACGUUCAGUCUGACACUGCACUUAACCCCUACCUUCUGGGGUUUCCGGAGCGCAUGCUAAUUCUUUAUUUAGAAGUCAUUCCCUUAUUGUGUUUAUUUGCUCCCCUUAUUAACUGAAGCUUAUUAACACGGUAUGCACAUGUUCAAUUAGAUCUUCAGGUGAUUGGUGAUGAUAAAUGCAAAGCAAAAGUAUUUUGUUUUUUUCGAUGAGAGCAAUUCCAUGCAGAAGUAAUUGCUAACAGAAUGGCCUGGCAUUGUGCAACAUAUUAUGAAAUCAUCGCAGUUUGCUAAACAGGUCUGUUUUAAUUUUGCUUGCUGAAUUUAAGCUUUGUUUUCAUGCCCCCAGCACCAGUGUUUAUUUUCUUUCUCACGCCUGUUUGUAAAGGGAGCACAUUCCAAUGACUGUAAAAUCCAUGAGUCGUCUGGGUCAGGACAAUGGAGUAGCUUCACAAUCACACAUUCUGCCCGCUAUUAUUGUUUAUUGCUACAUAAGAUGUAACUUCCAGAGAAGUUUAUGUUGAACCUCGUUUACAAACUGUUGGAAUGGCAUGCAGUUUUUUUUCUUUUGAGCAGAAUUAGGCCAUUUGGCCUAAUGAGUCUGCUCUGCUAUUUCAUCAUGGCUGACCCAUUUCCCUCUCAGUCCCAACUUCCUGCCUUCUCCCCGUAUCCCUUCAUGCCCUGACUAAUCAAGAAUCUAUCAACCUCUGCCUUAAAUAUACCCAGUGAUGUGGCCUUCACAGCUGCCUGUGGCAAUGAAUUCCACAGAUCCACUACUGUGUGGCUAAAGAAAUUCCUCCUCAUCACCGGUCCCUUGCCUCCAGUCGUGACAUCCUCGCCCAGUGCUUAAAUCAUUGCUGGGGCCUGGACCCCAUUGCCUCGAUUUAGCCUGUCCCUGAUCUUUCCAAUCCAGUCCAGUGCUUAAAUUGAUCGAAUUGUCAAACAGGAACAGAAUGAAAACAACAAGGGAAAUUCUGACAGUGAUUCUUAAAUAAAUGAGAUUUGGAUUUGAUAGAGGGGCAGUUGAUGUCUCCAUGUCUGAAAUAAGUAGUAGAACUGACCUGUAGUUUGUCCAUGACUGAUGACACAUAAUACUUGCAAUCACUUGGGCUGAAUUAUGAAUAUAGCUGGGGGUGUACAUGAGGGAGGAAGGAAUGGGAGAUGAUGUGAGAAGGAUGCAGCAUCAUACCCUGGAUUAUUCCUCUAUAUACUGGCAGAAACUGCGACGUGCACAGUUCUUGCGCUAAAUCACUAAAUUUUCAUCUGCAGUAUGUGAAAAGAAAUUGGACACGGAAAAUUCAUAACGCAGCAGAGAGCAUCAGCUUUCAAACCACUGACCGAGAUAAUUCACUGUACUCCAGAAGCACUCACCACUGGGUUUCCACACGUACCAGGAGCAGGGCUCCUGUAAAGUGGCUGAGUGAGCACGUGGAAUGUCAACACUGAGUAGGUGACCCCCUCUCCUAGAUUAAGCGUCUUAUUGUCGCUGUGUUUGUAAUGUUGAGACUGCGAUCGGUGUAAUUGACAAUGGGAGCUGCUAUGGCUGUAGGUCCCAACAAUAGCUGUAAGCACAGGUAAUUAAAAAGCUGUGUGGCCAUAUGCAACAUCUUUAAAUUGGUGGCUGCAUAAUUCUGCACUCCCCGCUGCAGGAUUCUGUCUUUCCGCAGUAACUUUUAACAGCUUGCUUGUAUGAAACAAUGUGCAUUUACUAAAAUAUAUCUAUCUUGUAUAUGAAGCCUCAGUGUUCUGGCACUGUCUCUGCUGUGCAAUUAGAUUUUGCGUGAAUCGGUUAUAUAGCUUUUUUAUCAGGGAUGUUGUUACGUAGAAUCACUGUCAUUUUCUGCCUUUUCAGUUGUCUGUUGUUUACUCUGUGAUUGAGGAAAGUUAGUUUUUAACCUUCCGAGAACAGGAGUGAGCAGUGGAAUGGGUUUAAAAUAUCCACAUUAUGCAGGAACUUCCCAUCCAGUUUCCCUGGAUCUCAGUCCCCCAAAGUGACCAGAUACAAGUGAGUUUAACUGGUUUCAGUAAAGGCAGGGUGUCCGAGCUAGACUUAUGGUCCCAAACUAUUUAGCAGAUCCACAGCUGGCCCUCGCAGCCCAGGGUUAAAGUUAGAAGUGUUGACAUGAGGAAUUUUGAAGAUGCUGGAAAUCUUGAGCAGUGCACACAAAAUGCUGGAAGAUCUCAGCAGGUCAGGCAGCAUCUACGGAGGGGAAUAAGCAGUCGAGUUUCAGGUUGAGACCCGAAGUCCUGAUGAAGGGUCUUGGCCCGAAAAGUUGACUGUUUAUUCCCCUCCAUAGGUGCUGCCUGACCUGCUGAGCUCCUCCAGCAUUUUGUGUGUGUUGGUUAAAAUCAGAAGCAUAUUGACACUCAGUUGAAGUUGCUCAGCCAAUUAUGUCAAUGCCUCCAAACGCAGUUCUCCACAUCUAGGUUAUAGUAUCCUUAUCCAGUCUCUCCUUAGAUGUCGCAAGGAUCUCUGCUUCAACAAGACACCCACCAUCUGGAUGAAAAUUUAUUUUCUUCAACUCUUCUCCAAUCCUAAACCCUGGAUGACCAUUAUCAGGGGACUAAGGAUAGUUCCUUUCCAGUCCUGAUGAAGUUUCUCGGCCUAAAACCUGUCUGACCUGAGUUCUUCUAGCCUCCAUUUACACCUACUUCCCCCCACCCUCUAUUUUUAGAGGAAUCUAUAGGAAUCUAUAAGGAAUCUAUAGGGGCUUUCUGGGGGAUAGGGUAACGUGUAGGGGUCUGAGAAUCCCACUACGAAGAUUCAGAUAAGAGACUGUCCUGGCGUCCAGCGACACAGCAUUCUACGUCGGGAAAUGUGAUCAGGAAAACACGAGGGAACAGCUUCUUCCUUAAAUUGCCCUUUAGCUGGUAAUGAAAGAUCUUGGUCGUUCUUGACUGACCCGAGAUGGUUUUAAUGAAGUAGGGGCCCAUUAGGGAAAGGAAUAGCGAUACUUUGCAAAACCAUCAGAUUUCUGAAGCAACCUCUGGAGCAUAAUGUGCAUACUUUAAGCCCUGUGAUUUCUAAAUACAGUAUCUGUAUACAAUAUACUGUACAUUCCAGCUGUGGCUAACGUGCAAAAGUUUAUAAAGUCUAUUUUUGAUUGUUUGUUCCUUAGAGAACAAUAAAUGCUUUAAAAACCUCA